CAAAUGAGUUAGAUGCACAAAACUCGCCUUCGAAGUCCACAGCAAAGAAGACGUUGACCAAAAAGUAUAAUACAGCUUUAAUUGACCCAAACACUGAAACAGAGGACAGUGAGUCUUCAUGUUGUAGAAGAAGUCCUUGCAGGGGAAAAAGUGUUUUCAAAAAACUAAAUCAAGUAGACAGUGAUGUGGAAGAACCUAACACUGUGGAAUCAGCAUGCCAUAAACUUGACCAUAGGACUUCGGAUGAAAAUGGUAUACAGGGUGAAUUCACAACUGCUAGCCAAUCUAUGGAUGGAUUGCACAAAAUCAGGCUAAACUAUAGUGAAGACUCAGCUGAUGGCAGUAAACUAAAUGAAGAUGAGCUUAUAGAUUUUUCUGAAGACCAAGAUAACCAGGAAGACAGUAGUGAUGAUGGUGGCCUUUUAGAUGAUAACUGUAAUUCAGAAAUGGGACAAUGGCACCUGAAGCCUACUAUCUGCAAACAACCCUGCAUUUUGCUUAUGGACUCACUGAGAGGCCCUUCCCGGUCAAAUGUUGUGAAAACCCUACGGGAAUAUUUAGAGGUGGAAUGGGAAGUCAGGAAAGGCAACAAAAGAAGCUUUUCCAAAGAUGUCAUGAAAGGUUCCAACCCAAAAGUGCCACAACAGAACAACUUCAGUGAUUGUGGAGUGUACAUACUGCAGUAUGUGGAGAGCUUUUUUGAG